AUGACAGAAAAAGCCACCUCGGAGGCCCCCGCCUGUGGUCCGGAGGAAACCGCCUCUGAGUCUGCCAAGGCACCCAGCGCAGAGCCUUCUGGAGAAAUGGCAGCAUCGGAGCCUGCUGGGGAAGAGCAGGCUCCCGCACCAUAGGAGCCUGCCCCUCAGGCACCGGCCCCCACACCCGCAGCCACUAAACCUGCACCUCCAGAUGAAGACAUCCCCGGUGCCCCGCUGCUGCUGGCCGUGGAGGAUGUGAGCGACAGCUCAGUGACCGUGAGCUGGGAGCCCCCAGAGAGGCUAGGGCGGCUGGGGCUCCAGGGCUAUGUGCUAGAGCUCUGCCGAGAGGGAGCCUCUGAGGGGGUGCCCAUGAAUGCCCGGCCCAUGAUGGUGACCCAGCCGCCGACCGUGCAGAACCUGGCUCUGGGAGACCAAUUCUUCCUGCGUGUGGCUGCAGUGAGCUCUGCGGGGGCCGGCCCACCAGCUGUGCUAGAGCAGCCUGUCCACAUCCAGAAGAUGAUCGAGGCCCCCAAGAUCCGCGUCCCCUGCCAUCGUCGUCAGACCUGCAUCCGCCAGGUGGGAGAGACCGUCAGUCUGCAAAUCCCCUUCCAGGUAGCUCCUCCCUUCCGGGGGAGUCCCAAGCCUCAGGCCUCUUGGACCCACAGUGGCCACGCCCUGGACAGCCAGCGAGUGCACGUGUGCACUGGGGACCAGGACUCCGUCUCGGCCCAGAGCUCCGACUCAGGCCGCUACGAGCUCACUGUGCAUCUCGAAGAUUCGGAGGCCAGGGCAGCCAUCGACAUCCUGGUGGUUGAGAAACCUGGGCCCCCCAGCAGUGUCUGGCUCCUGGACGUCUGGGGCUACGACGUUGCCCUUGAAUGGACACCACCCCAGGACCCAGGCAACACAGAGCUCCUGGGCUACGUGGUGCAGAAGGCAGACAAAAUGACAGGGCAAUGGUUCACGGUGCUGGAGCGCUACCACCCGACCACCUGCACCGUCUCUGACCUCAUCGUGGGAAACGCCUACUCCUUUCGGGUCUUCUCGGAGAACCUGUGUGGACUCAGCACCUUGGCCGCCGUCACCAAGGAGCCAGCCCGGAUCCGGAAGGCAGAUAUCGUUGCCAAGCCUAAAGGGUUUGUCGAGCAAGACUUCUCAGAAGCCCCUUCGUUUACCCUGCCCCUGGCUGACCACACCUCCACCCCGGGCUACAGCACUCAGCUCUUCUGCAGGGUCCGAGCACUGCCCAAGCCCAAGAUAAUCUGGAUGAAAACCAAAAUGGACAUCCAGGGUGACCCCAAAUACCACACCCUCUCUGAGCGAGGUGUCUGCACCCUGGAGAUCCGGAAGCCCAGCCCCUUUGAUUCCGGGCUCUACACCUGCAAGGCCAUCAGUGUGCUAGGGGAGGCAUCUGUGGCCUGCCGGCUGGAGGUCAAAGGUAAGGUUAUGAGGAGGGUCCUCCCAAGGACAGGAGAAGAGGAGAAGCCACCGCCUCUCCUGCUGGGCUAGA